UUUUUUUUGUCAUAGGUCAAUUCUUUUCAUUCUCGUUGUAAACAAGAAACUAAAUGUUUGACGAUACACGUUAAAAUUUGACGAAGAAUCAAAAUGUCAUGUUUAUAUCGAUAAAAAUGAAUAUGAAUGGUCAAGACAGUAAAUAUAAUAAUAUAUAAUCUAUGUUACUCUAUGAUAUAUAUUUAAAUGUAUUCACAUUUUAUUUUAUAUAUUAAAUUGUACCAUAUGUUUAGUGAAUAUAACCUAUAAAAGGUGGGAGAAAAAGAUAGGAGAGAGUCAAAUAUUUAAAUAAUUAAAUAUGUUUAUAAAUGUGUUAACUUAAAUUAAAGAGUGAAGAAUAUAAUCGUGUAAUUAUUGUAAAAUGUUUCUUUGUGUAGACGUAGGAAAUGUUAUAUACAGUUGAAAGGAUUUGUUUAUGAUUGUUUUUGUAAACAUCCAACGCAAUGGGAGAAAUUAAUGUAUGCUUUCAAAUAGACACUGACAAUCGUGAACAUUUCUCAUCUGCAAUUGCAUUUCAAACUUUUCGAAAGCAAAGAGACACGUUUUAUGAAAUUUUGAGGAUAUGGGAGCAAAACCAUUUGGUACCAGGAUGGGCUUUCCAGGUAGCUUUGGUAGGAAAGAUUCGAUCUGUGCUCACCCAGCAUAGUGAUGCUACGAAUUAUUCUCACUUUGCAAGAUUAUUUAAAUCUCAACUUCUCAUAUCUUGUAUACAAAAAGGUCAACAAGAAGAAAUUGUUGACGACGAUAAUAUUCUUAAAACAUUAAAACACAUUGAUCCACAAAAAUUGACACAGCUUAGAAAAAGAUUGGUUACUCCUUUAUCAUCUCAGAAUGAUGUUCGCGUUCCAUCUUUUCCUGAAAAUUGUUUAGUACAUGAAAUUAUAGAGUUAAACAAGACUCAGUUUACUAGCAGCGAAAUAGAAGAUUCAGAAACUAUAGUGGAUGAGCAAACAAAACAUACUUUUAUCACUUGUCUAACAAGUUUAAGACUACUUGCUAAAAUGUUGGGAUUACUUAUAUCUUUACCUUAUAAAUUAGAAUCAUGCACUAAUAAAGAAAUAAUAACAGCACAAAUUGAAAUUAGAAAUAGUGUUGUACCAUCGUUAAAUUUACAAUCUUGUCUUCACAAUGCAAUUAUGGAAGGAAAAAUGUCUUUGAGUAUUCCUUGGAUAGUAAAGUACCUAGCAAUGAUGGAUAUAGUGUCUCUUCGAUUAACGUAUUACAAACCAGUCUUAGAAUUACUGUAUUAUAUCUACAGGAGCAUCAAUACUUAUGAUUUUGCUUCUUCUGACAGUGUUAUGUCUCAAAAAACAGCAAUUUUACUUAAAUCUACGUUGAAAUGGUUUUUCGAGUUACCAAAUUUUCCUAAAGAUUUUUGUUCUACUUGGCAAGAAAUAUAUGAAACGAAAGAAUUAAAAACACAGCGGCGAUUUGAUAAAAUGUUAGCACAAACGUAUGAAAUAUCGUCUGUGGAAUCUGUUGAUUCUGUUACACCUGAUAAAUAUUGUUUAGAUAAAUUAGAUAUAAUAGAUGAUGGGGUUCUUGGUAAAUGUUGUCCUAUAAUUGACUUAAAACUACAAACUGUGUCAAAAAAAAAUGUAAAACAUAAUGCGCGAGGUCCAAACAAACAUAUAACACCAAUAUCUAGUCAACUUCAAAAAUUUGGGGCCAAUAGUAGGAGACAUUUAGAGUUGCAGUUAGAAGAAGCUUUUUUCCACGGCCAACCAACUUCAACUCGGAAAACAGUUGAUUUUGUCUUCGAAAGAGUUGCGUCAACUUGUGUUAAACAUAUUUGUAAUACUUUACUGGCAUCCGCGAGAGAAACGAAUUUAGAUGUUUUUAGAGAAAUUAUGAAAAAAAAGUACAAAGGAAAACAUAAAGAAACGCAUCCUAUAACAAACGGUAAUAAUAAUACAGAGAUUAACGAAUUAAAGUCGUUAUUGACAAAGGAAAUGUCUAUGUUGGCUAGUACUGCUUCAAAAGAUUUGAAAGAACAGUGUGAUAGAAUUAUUCCACAAUUCUGCGAAAGUCGAAUUGUGAAAUCUAUUGAAUCACUUUUAGCAGAAGAUUCUUUAGUGCCUGUUAAAGAAAUGUGUAUAAAAAUAGCUUACAGAGUAGCAAUGGAACGUAUAAAUCAAUGGAUACAGUCUCACAUUGUUGGUGGUUCAUUGUUUCAUAAAGACAUGGAUUUAGAAAUUAAUAGGUUUAUUAGAAAUAAUAAUACUUUAUCUGUAACCCAAGAAAAAGUCCAUAAUCCAGCUGCACCCAAUCCGAGCGAUGUUAUACAUGAACUUAGAUUACAAAUAUGGGACAUUAUGGAUAAUAAUCGGAAAAAUGUAACUCUAACUUCUGUGACAACAAUAUUGAAUAAAAUGUAUCAAAUUUUGAAUGAAAGAGCUGAUCUGGUUCUAGGACCGGAAAAAAUCUUGUAUUUAUUGAGCGUUGAUUUUUCCUUGUUUUUAAUUGCACAUAGAAUGGAUCUAUUUACACGGGAUAUUCAAGACCUGAUAAUUAAGAUAUGGACUAUAGAUAAUUUUAAGAUAUUUGAAGCGGAUACUCCUAUGUUAAGAUUGUUGAGCCCAAGAAACGUUAUGUUACUUGCACAACCUGAAACUGAUGGAACAUGGUUGAUGUAUGGACAAUUUUUAAGAAGAUUAUUGGAGGAAAGUGUCCUUGAUAUUGAAUUUUUGAGCGAUCAGUACGUGGCAUUAUUUAGGCACGAUUGGCCUGUACCUAUAUUAAAACAUUUAUCAAAGUGCCUUUACGAAAGUAUUGCGGGUUAUAAGUCGACUGAUGAGAAAACAGAAAAAAUUAGAUAUUUGCUCGGGUGGAUAGCAGAGACCUGUCGUGAAAUAGAAAUUGGAGAUGAUUUCUUAUAGUUUAAUUUUUUUUCAAUAUAUAUAUAUAUAUAUUCUAUUGAUAUAUUUUAAAUUCUUAGCCUGUUAAAAAAGAAGUUCUGUAAAUUAUAGGAAUUUUAUAAAUGUACAUUGUUUAUUGUCAUGACAACAGGAAGAAAAUUAUGUUUCUACUGUUUAUUCUUAUUUUCAUGAGAGGAAUACUUCUCAUUUUGUAUCUAUACUUGUAAACAAAUUUACGAAGUAUGUUGUAAAUCAAUUUAUUUGGAAAUUCAUUCUAUUUGAAAUGGGGCUGUAUAUUAUUGCACCAUUAUCUAUUUUAUAAGAAAA